GUGCUGCUAUGGACACCAGGGUGCGCAUAACUUUUUAAAUUAGAGUUUUCUCCAGAUAGACGCUCAGGAGUGGGAUAACCUACUCAUGUGGUAACUCCAUUUUUAUUUUUUAAAGAACCUCCACAUUGUUCUUCAUGGUGGCUGUGCCAAUUUACAUUCCCAUUAGGAGCGUUCCCUAUUGUCCACAACCUCCCCAGCAUUUACAUGGAGGCCAUGAACAGUCUUGUGUAUUUUAUUUCCUAUUUUGCCUGCCUGAGGACUGACCAUUUCUGUAUGGAACCCCAGGACAAUCUAUAGCCAAACAAUUUGCAAAAAAUAGGGCUCCCUGAUUCUGACCCUUCUCACCUGAGACACAUUCACAGGACAGCAAAAUGUGUUUAAUAGUCACUCAUAGACUAAAUCCAGUAUUUAUCAAAUAUCUACUGAGAGACACAUUGGGAAAAUUCAAAUUAAAAAAUGAAGUUUGGAAAAUACCUGUAGCUUUAAAUUGAUGUGCUUUAAAAAAAUAUAGCUGAGAAGCAGAAAGCAGGGAGAGAAAUCUAAUUGUCUUCUGUGAAGACAGUGUCAUUUAAAAACUAACCCUAUAGCUUGUCCUGAAGAAGUUGCUGCUGUCCUCUGUCUGAACGCAUCACUGUUAAUAAAUGCAUUGCCAUUUCCGAUCCAAUAUAGGCUGUAAGUAUGAAUUACAGUUUAUAUUUUUAAGAGCAAAGUACGCAUUCUUUCAUUUAAAUUAAAAUCUUUUAAAAAAAUUCCUUCAGCCUUCACCAUAAGGAGUGAAAAGUGUUAUUUAACAUGUAUAGUGCCUAUAAUAACUAUACAUGUUAUUCAAAUAAAAAUUUUAAGCAGAGCCAUUCCCUUUUGUGGAUAUAAACCAAAAAUAACUAUAUUCUUCAACACAGGAUUAAAGUACAUGUGGAAAAAAAAAGGCAAAUCAGGAAUAAGUAAAACUUAUUUUGGGAGCAAUGUAGAAAAAUGUUCUACAUCUGACAGCAAUUGGGUUUUAUAACAGAGACAAUGGAGUAUAUAAUGUAUAAUUUCCAUCAAUUAGGAAGGUGCAAUUUUCAGAAACUGGCCUUCUUUGAUAUUACAUGUUGUAGAAACUCUUUAAGAAACAGAUCUCAUAGAAAUCUUGGUUACUUAGCAACCACUGACCCCUGGGAACAAGUUCAUUUCUGGCCUCGUGUAGGUCAUAAUGUCUCACUGGGAUUGCUGCAAGUCUUACAAAUAGAAUUUUCCAAACUGAUGAGAAGUUAUCACCAGUACAAGAACUGUCACAAUUAAGUCCUUAUUGGGGGAAGCAAUUCUUUCUCAACAAUUCAAUGCCUUAUACUCUCUUUUGAGCAAUGAUGUGGAGACAGUCCAAGGGCUUGACUUAGAGUAUAAGAUCAAACCAUGCAGUACUUUGCAGUGGUCAAAAGAGUGGAAAAGCACGAGUGCUUUAUUUUACUUCAAUCUUCAUUAACCUUUUAAUAAUCCUGCUGAAGAAGUCCAUAGACACCUGAUCUCUUGUUUACCAUUGAUUGACGGAGGAGAGUUUGCCUAUUAACAUUGAAAUCGCUAGUCACCAAAGUCAUGGUCUACAGAUGAUGAGGGAUGGGUGAUGGUCAAAGUGAUGAUUACAGACACUUUGAGAACUCAAAAUAAACUUAUUUUUUUUUUUAUGAGCGUGCAGACAGCAGCUGUAGCUAAACAACACACUAAUCAAAUGUUGCUGUGUUAUUGUCCAAGGCAGGGAGAAGGAAGAAGAAGCAAACAAUGGCCAGGGAAGAUAUAAAAGGUCAUCAGGCCACAGCCUCACCAUAACUUCACCACCGUCACUGAGCAUGCACGCAGGCUCCAUGUCUCUCCUGGGCUGUCCUGGGGAUUGCAGUGUCACAUCCUACAGAACUUACUGCUAUAUACCGGUGACUACUUCUGUUGCAUUUUACUCCAGUGAUGUAAGCCCCACCUUUAGGCUCGGCUUACCCAGCAGCUACCAAGGAAAUCUCUGGCUCCUGGAUAACUGUCAGGAAACUCAAGACGAGGCACCAAGCUGUGAAUCUCCCAACUGCGAACCCAAGACAUGCACCACAAGUUGUGACCAAUCAAAUACCUCUGUGCCCUGCAACUCUCCAACAGUGGACAAAAGCCACAGUGCCUGUGAAACCACCAACAUCAGAGCCAACCCCAGCUGCAACACGUGCACUCAGACCCAGGGGUAUGUAUCAGACUGCUCCAUACCCAGCCAAGGUACGUCCAAAGCUUGCCAGACCCUCAGCAGUGGCUUCAAAUGCUUUGGGCAACUUAACUGCUUAUCCAAGAGUUUCCGGCCCCUAAACCACUACAGACUGAGUAGUUUGGGGUAUAGAAGCCACCAAAAUCUUGGCUUCAUUCCUAGUGGCUUCUCACCAUUGUGUUGUAUUGCCAACAGCUGCCAAUCCCCACACUAUUUUAUAAGACAUUGCCAAUAUCCAAGCUAUCCGUACAUAAGCUGCCCACCACUGAGCUAUUUUUCAAGAAACCUUCAAUCUCUGAGCUGUAUACCAAGUACCUUUCCUCCUCUGAGGUAUUUAUGCAGUGGUUGCAGACCUCUGAAUUGCUAUUGAUCAACUUAUGGCAUUCACAGCUGCCAGAAACUGUCCAAUGGGGCAGAUUCUACCAAGUUGUCACCCUCUCUGAUAAUUCUGGUGAAUCACUUCACAUGUCUUAAGAAUCAAGUUCUAUUAACCUCAAAUAUAACUUCAGGACUUAACCACAAGCAUUAUCAUCUACUAGCUAGCUUUUUUGUUGCUCUCUUAAUGCCCUUUGUGUUGAAGACUGAUCCUGUAGGUACUAUCAUUAUUUCUGAGAUUGCAUGUGACAGACACACUGAAGAGAUUCCACAUGAAAUACAGAGCAAUGCAGCUUUCAUGUUUUGGCCGUCACUUGUCUGAUAGUAUGACUGUUUUCAACUUUUCUUGAUGAAAUGGAGCCUCCUUGGUGUAACUGGUGAUUCCAGCACCCCCUCUAAAGAUUGUUUUGCUUUUUAUCAGUAAUUUUGCCAGUUGCCUAACUAGCAUCCUGCUAAUAAGCUGAGAGAUAAUAUCAUCUUGAACAUCCUGAGUUGAGCAAAUUCAUCCUUCCCCUCCUGCCAGAAUGCAAGGAUGGGCAAGCAGCAACAUCCAACUAGAGUUUAAAAUCAGAAGACCUUCCACCAACCUUCUCUUCUGAACAAGCCACAGCGCAUAGGAUUGCCUGGCACUCAGCUUUUGUUCUCAAUGCCUAAGAGAAAGCCUCAGAAACAGCAGAAACACAAACAUCUUUUACUAAAAGAAUGACAAAAUCCUUUUAUAAAUGCUUCAUGAUCAGUAAUAAUCUAUGCUCCUGAUUCUGCUAAAAUUCUUCCCUGUUGAUUUAUUGCUUUCAGGUUGCCAAAACAGUCUUGGUUUAUAGUUAAUAAACAAAUUUGUACUAGGAAAAAA